AUGUCAUUUAGCGAAAAUCAAAACUAUCGCGUGUUUCUUCGCAGGAAGGAAGCGGCCUUCGACGUGUGGCACCACUACUCUCUCAUCUGCGGCGGAUACCCUACCAAAGGUCGCAACCGCGCCAUACUGGCCACCGGCGACAUGUACAACGCGGCGACGGACCAGUGGAGUGAGCUGCCGGCGAUGGCCAAUGCGCGCUGCAGUUUCGCCGCCAAAGUCCUCAACGACUACCUGUACGUGACGGGCGGGGUAGGCGUGGGGUCAACCGCCCUCAGCAGCUGCGAGCGGUUGCAGUUGGGCGUGCCCGGCGCCCAGUGGCGAUUCAUGGCGAACCUGGCGAGGCCGCGCUACGGACACUGUUUGUUCGUCUUGCGCGACAAGCUGUACGUCUGCGGUGGAUGCAGCCGCGACGGAGUGCCGCUGACCGGGAUCGAGGUGUACGAUCCGGCAUUGAAUCGAUGGAGCAGUGUCCGUCCGCUGGAGGGACGCGGUGCCCGCGCCGCUCCGGUGUCGGCCUGUGCCACCUUCACCGUCAGCAAUAAAACGCUGCGCUGA